AUGGGUAGCCUUCCAGCUGUAAACGACGAAAUCGUCGAUGUCGCGGUGAUUGGAGGUGGCCCAACUGGACUGCUGUCAGCGCUACUGAUGCGCUCACUCGGAGCAACAGUGAGCGUCUUGGAUGCCAAGCCUGGACCGCUACAGCUAGGUCGUGCGGAUGCUCUCAAUGCACGGACUCAACAAUACCUUGAAGUUGUCGGCGUACUCAAAGAGCUCCGUGCCAAAGGCAUCGAGUGCAACACAAGCUCGACCUUUGGAGACGGCGAAUUCAAAACGCGUCAAAGUCACUGGUGGACGGGUCUGGAGCAUUGCUUGCACAAGCACUUCCUGAUGAUCGGACAGCCCGAAGUCGAAGCUGUUCUGCUCAACCGGUUGGACACACCAGUGCAUUAUGGCGAGGAGGCAGCCUCCAUCUCCGAAGAUGGAGAAGGCGUCACAGUCGUCACCAGCCUCGGCAGAACAAUUCGGAGCAAAUAUGCCGUUGGAGCAGACGGAGCUCGAUCGACGGUCCGCAAUGCCCUUGGAAUUAGCUUCACCGGUACCAAGCCAGAAAUGAUCUGGGCUGUACUGGAUACAUUCAUCGACACAGACUUCCCUGUCUGUUCUGAAAUCAUAACAUUCCAGCUAAACGAGCAGGCCAGAGUGUCAUGGAUUCCGCGGGAGCGAGGUAUGGCACGAUUCUAUGUCCUUCUGGACGGCGAGGUCACCCAAGAAAAGGCCGAGGCGUCGAUCCGAGAGCACAUGAGCCCGCACCGGGUAGACUUCCAGAAGACGGAAUGGUUCAGCACCUUUGAGAUCAAGGAGCGUAUUGCAUCGACGUUCGUCUCGAAAGAAGGCCGGGGUCGCAUCCUGCUUGCGGGAGACGCCGCCCAUGUCCACUCGGUAAAUGGCGGGCAAGGCUUAAAUACUGGGAUAGCGGAUGCCUUUGCGUUGGCGUGGCGGCUCGCCUUGGCAGUUGAUGCUUACGGACACGGCUCCAAGGCGGCAGACCCGCUCGUCCAAAGCUACGAUAUCGAGCGCAGGACUGUCGCAGCCGAUGUGAUCAAUGUUGCUGCUCGACUUGUGCGGGACACCAUGCGUACAGCUAAGCAGUAUGUGGGCACGAUAGAGAGAAACGCUGGAUAUAUCACCGGAAUGGGAGUCGCCUACGAUGAGUGCGGCUCCCCUCUGGUGACCGAGUCGCAGAACGGCAUCUGGAAAGCAGGCCGAAGGUGUCCGGACAUCAUCUUGCACUCCUCUAGCCUAGAGUCAAGAAGAUUGUAUUCGACAGUGACGUAUGGCCAAUUCUUGGUGCUGGCCUGUGGCGCUCCCCUCACGGAAAAGUGGUCAGAGCUGGAAGACAUAUGCACCAGGUAUACACUGCUUCCCUCGAGGGACGAAGAGGCCGAUUCUUCACCAAGCGCCGAUGGAAAGGCGUUGACUUUCGUUUCGGAAGUCAUUGACCCGCAGGAGCAAUUCGUGGUCAUCGCAAGGCCGGACAUGUACAUCGGGUAUGUUGGGACGGAAAGGCAGGCGCUGGAGUACCUGUCGAAAACAGUCAAGCGUGCGUAG